GGUUUUUAAAUCACUUUUUACCUUGUGCAAAUAUUUUUUGUUGUAGCUUUUGCUCUGUUUGUUUGGAGCCGGUACAUUUUAAUCAGGGCGGGGACCGCUGACUACUCCUCUCUACACAACCAAUCAGCUGUUGGGUCAAGAGUCACAAGUAUAUUAAGUCAGCCGUUAAAACUGUCUCUUGAUUGAAAAGGCACACAGACAGGGGCUCAGAUUUUGCAUAGACUGGUAAAAGCAUUUUUUUUAAAAACCUUUGCUUGAAAGCAUCUCCUGCCAUGGCACUGAUUCUUCUGAACCGCUUGGGAAAAGACCACAAGGAUUACAUCAAACAACAGGUCCAUGUCAAAAAUCCUUAUCUUGACACCAUGGAGGAGGACAUUCUGUACCACUUCAGCCUGAGCACUAAGACUCACAACCUCCCAGAAAUGUUUGGAGAUAUCAAAUUUGUGUGUGUUGGUGGAAGCGCAAAUCGAAUGAAGGCUUUUGCCCACUUCAUCCACCAAGACCUACACAUUCCUGGAAACCCAGACGACAUCCGGGAUAUCUGCGAGGGCACUGAUCGCUACUCCAUGUACAAAGUGGGGCCAGUACUCUCUAUAAGUCAUGGCAUGGGCGUCCCAUCCAUCUCAAUCAUGCUGCAUGAGCUCAUCAAGCUGCUGCAUCAUGCUCGGUGCCAGGAUGUGGUUUUGUUUCGUCUGGGAACAUCCGGAGGAGUCGGUUUAAAUCCAGGGACGGUGGUAAUAACAGAUAAAGCAGUGGACUACUCUUUCUGCCCCCAAUUUGAACAAGUGGUUCUGGGUAAGGUCAUCACCAGGAGUACAGAGUUGGACGAAGAGGUGGCCAGUGAGCUUCUGCAGUAUGCCUCUGAACUUCAGAGCUUUCCAACUGUUAUUGGAAAGACCAUGUGCACCCAUGACUUCUAUGAAGGUCAGGGCCGGCUUGAUGGAGCUCUCUGCUCUUUCUCUCAUGAGGAGAAACUGGAGUAUCUAAGGAAAGCUUAUGAGGCUGGAGUGAGAAACAUCGAGAUGGAGUCCACCGUCUUUGCUGCCAUGUGCCGGGUCUGUGGCCUCAAAGCUGCUGUGGUCUGUGUCACGUUACUGAACCGCUUUGAAGGAGAUCAGAUCACCUCUUCUCAUGAGGUUCUGGUGGAGUACCAGCAGAGACCUCAAAUCCUGGUGGCUUACUUCAUCAAGAAACGCCUCGGACUUAUUCCCUGAAGCCCCAGAUAUUUAAACAGCUGUAAAUAUGUAACAUUUAAAAAUGUAAAUACACACAACAAAAAUUGAUUAGUGAUACUUGAAAUGGGCACCUAUUUAAGUUUUAAGAGUUUAAAUGAUUUGUUUAAUAAGCCAAAUAUAUUGGAUUUAUUAGAUGUUAUUUUAAAUCCUUUGAUAUUUAUGAAAGCAAAUAAAAAUCUGCAAAAAGA